AUGGAGCGGUUCUGGAGUGGGAGUGGUAUCAGAACGAACAAAGAAAUGGUGGACCAGUUGCUAGGCCAUGGAGUGAUAAAUUCUGAGAAAGUGGCAGAGGUAAUGAGAUCAAUCGACAGGGCUUUGUUCAUGCCAGAUGGCGCACCUCCAUAUGCCGACAGCCCUAUGCUCAUUGGCUACAAUGCCACAAUAUCUGCACCUCACAUGCACGCAACUUGCCUUGAAUUGCUCGAGAACCAUUUGAAACCCGGCAUGCGUGCCCUGGAUGUUGGUUCUGGAACAGGAUAUUUGACUGCUUGCUUUGCUAUUAUGGUCGGACCACAGGGCUGCGUUGUUGGCGUAGAGCAUAUUCCUGAAUUGGCUGAAUCAUCGGUUAAGAAUAUCGAAAAGAGCGAAGCAGCCACAUUGUUGAGAGAAGGACUGCUCUCAAUCCAUGUUGUUGAUGGCCGGCAAGGCUGGCCGGAGGCCUCGCCUUACGAUGCCAUUCAUGUUGGAGCAGCUUCGCCGGAGAUUCCUCCGGCGCUCAUCGACCAAUUGAAACCGGGUGGCAGAUUAGUGAUUCCGAUUGGGAAAAGCUCUCAGGACUUGAAAGUGGUGGACAAAAAUGCGGAUGGCACAAUCAGCGUGAGGACUGAGUUUUCUGUUCGUUAUGUCCCUCUCACGAGCCGCGAAGCUCAGUUGCAAGGGCAGUGA